AUGAGGUUAUCAUCUAAUUGGAGCAAGUUACAAGAUGGCGUUACCAAGAAGGCGGGAAAGAAAAGGAUUGAUAAGAAGCCACACAUUAUCAAGAAGGUGGGACAAGAUAAGAAACCCAAGAGUAAGAUAAUGGGUAUGAUCUACCAAAUGAAUAAAGAGAUUGAUCAACAAAAGGAAAACAAGAAAGUAGGUAAAAAGUUCGAGUUCACUGAGACAAUUACUGAGAUUGAUACAGUUGAAACUACUACAGAGACUAAAAAAGAUGCUAACAAAAUUGGUAAAUAUAUAGCCAUGGAUUGUGAAUUUGUUGGUGUUGGACCGGAAGGUAAAGAUUCCGCAUUGGCCAGAGUAUCAUUAGUAAAUUUUCAUGGUAAUGUGGUACUAGAUAUAUUUGUGAAGCCUAGAGAAACUGUUACGGAUUGGAGAACAUGGGUAAGUGGUAUAACUCCAGAUCAUAUGAAGAAUGCCGUUAGUUUUAAGCAGGCACAACAACAACUAUCAGAUAUACUGAAGGAUAAGAUAUUGGUUGGUCAUGCAGUUAAGCACGAUCUGGAGGCCCUGAUGCUUUCUCAUCCAAAAUCCAAAGUUAUCGAUACUGCUAGACAUCUUCCAUUUAGGCAAAAAUAUGCAAAAGGAAAAUCUCCAAGUUUGAAAAAGCUCGCGAAGGAGAUUUUAAACAUGGAUAUCCAGUCAGGGCAGCACUCUUCAGUCGAAGAUGCAAGAGCGACUAUGCUCAUAUAUAAAUCUGCUAAACAAGAUUUCGAUAAGGAACACAGAAAAAAAUUUCAUUAA